GCUCUCUAUGUUGCUUCCAACAAAUGUGUUCCGAAGUUCUCUUUCUUGUGCUAGGCCGAUUAACGACAUAUGUCUUUCUUCUAAACUGAUAGAUCUGUGCUUGCCUCUUUUAUGUAUUUUUUUUUUUUUUUUCAACAAGAGGAUAUACCACCACGCCUCACACAGCUGUCUCACAGGUUCUGAUGCCGGGACAUUUCUCACCCUUCAGCCUUGUACAAAUGACCGACAUCAGAUAUGGAUCUGGCCGGAAAAUACGUUUUUCCCUAGGGCAUCCAACCAGUCUCAUUACUCAGAGCCUGCUGUAUGA